AUGGAAGGAGAGAGUGAUGAAUUCAUAGACGAGUACGCCAGAGAGAAGUACGAAGAGAGGAAUAGGCUGGUGGCAGAGUACGAGACUGAGGAUCAGUUGAUGGCAGAGUGUGAGAAGAGUGGUUCAAACAUUCUGGUGCAUUUUUACAGCAAUGACUUCAGUAAGUGUAGGGAGUUGAACAACCUGCUUAUUCAGGUGGCACAGAAUGGGAAAUACGAGGGAAUUGGAUUCAGGAAGAUUGAUGCAUCAAAGUGUAAGACCCUGGCUGUUAAAUUGGGUAUCAGGAGACUGCCACUUGUUUGUGUAUUCAAAAAUGGAUAUUUCAUUGAUUCAUUUGUUGGAUACGAGGGAUUUGGUGGAAGGAGUUCAGCAGAAGUGGAGGAUGUGGAGGAAUACUUGGAUAAGAGCGAGUUGAUGGUCGAUUGGAAGGAGUGA